AUGCCACUCGACCUCAAGGUGCGGGAGGUGUGCCUUAUCGAGAACACUAGAUUGACUGGCGCGACAGAGUAUCUCCCAGAUGACAUAAGACUUGAAAGACCUACCCCUCCCCGCCUUAUGCUUCACCCUGCUGAACGUCUUACGUUCCCGGCGCAGUUCCUGGUGAGCCAAGAUGAGGUGGAGCGGUACCAAUCCGAGCUGCCGACGCAUGCAAACCAUAUAUUCACGGAUGGCAGUAAGCAAGAAGACGGCACAGUCGGGGCAGCCUUCGUCAGCUACUGCCGGGGACGCAUAGUCGCCAACAGGAAGUACAAGCUGCACAAUUGCUGUUCGGUUUUCCAGGCCGAGCUCUUUGCCUUACUGCGCGCUUGCUCAUGGGCUGCCACACUCUGCGACACCCAUACUUAUAUCUACACAGACUCCCGCUCCGCCAUAAAAGCCAUCCAGGAUCGCAGCAAUACACACCCUCUGGUCGCGGACAUCCAUCGAACAGUGCAUGCGAGCUCUGGAACCGUACAAUUUGCUUGGGUCCGGAGUCACGUGGGCAUAGAAGGUAACGAGGCGGCCGAUGCCGCAGCCAAAAACGCGGCCGGUCUCCACAAGGCCCCGGCUUACUGUCACUACCCGAUAUCUUUUGUGAGACAUAACAUAAGAAAGGAAAAUCAAAACACUUGGCAGAGCCGAUAUGAGAGCGAGGCGCAGGGGCAGCACACUAAGCGACAGCUGCCUACUAUCAUGGACAUUCGCGAGCUCUUCAAGCUCACGGAUAUCUCGUUCACUCUCACGCAGGCUCUCACUGGACACGCAUACAACAAACACUACCUACACCGCUUCCACAUCACCACUGACGAUAAGUGCCCUUGUGACAACUCCACCAGCCAAACCCUUGACCAUCUAUUUCGGGAAUGUCCCCGCUUCGGAAAACUCCGCCUGGAUCAUGAGUUCCUUUGCGGGCACCUUGGGGUGUCCCCCUAUGAGCUGCGCUCUCUGAUGCGAAAAAGAUCUGCCUUGCAAUCUUACACCGACAUGGUAAACUCCAUCCUGAGUGACCUCAAGAAAUUCAAUAAUACUUAG